UAAAUCAACUAGUUUUCAUUAGUUGUGUGUCAUUUUUACAUUUGUUUAUUUUUCAUAUUUCUAUCUUUUGUUAAAUCGUGUUUUUUAUUGCAGCAAUGCAUUCAAAACGAUUGCGUAAUGCACUUGUUGUGGAGAAAAAGAAAUUAGAACUAAAACGGCGUUUCAAAAAAGUCCUUCGGCUUAUUAUUAUCAAUUCGCAGUGGAUCGAUUCGAAUAAAACAGAAUCCCCGUAUGAGAAUAUCUUUAAUCCCAAAGAGGACAUACGAUUCUUGGUGCGCACAACUCAAAAAAGCGACUUGUUUACUGCGACUGAUAAAUCGUUGCUACGCACUCCACACUCUGUACGAACAGCAGAAGACCGCAAGAGAUUGUAUACUGUAUUUGCGAAUUUGAAAUGCUUUCGAAAUGUUCCACCAAUAUUACGUUUUCGCUUGUUGCCCGUUAUUAAUUUUAUGUCGGUCAAUUCAGGACGUACGAUUAUGCAACAAGGUGAUGUUCCACACACAGUAAUUUUUAUUGUUACUGGGAAUAUUGAGAUGUCUACAACCAAGAAAUCAGGUGGCGAAAUCAUGUUCGGACCAGGGGAUUACAUUGGCGAUGUAGAGCUACUUGAGGAAUGCGAUCGCAUUCACACAUUUAGAACUAAGUCCCAAUGUGAACUUCUGGCAGUGGAUGGCGAUGACUUUAAUUGCAUCUUAAGCGGCUACAUGAAGAAGGUGUGGCUAGACAAGAAGAGGGCCUUAAAGGCUUUAGAUUACUUUAAUUUUCUAAACGAUGAUCAAAUUUUAAAGACUUGUAAAAUGAGUUCUCUAAAGCAGUUUAAGCCCUUGGAUACAAUUUAUUCCCACGACAAAGGAACUCUGACCAAUGUUCAUUUUGUCUUGAGUGGAGAGUGUGUAAUACUUCAGUGUCUCAAUAUGAAAGUUAGGAAAUCAAAAGGUAAAAAGAUAUACGAAUUAGAUGACACAGUGGAUGAAACAAUAACUGAAGAUAGCGAAAACGAAGUUAAAGAAAAAGAAAGUAAAUCGCCUUUAGGUAUAGAAAUAAGCGAAGCGGAAAUAAAAAAAAAGAAAACGCUUGGCAAACUAAAUUUAGAGCAAAUAGAAUUGGCAUGUGGAAUUUUCAAAGCGAAUGAAAAGCAAGAAUCAAUAAUAAGUCAUUUAGGUUAUAAAAAGAAACGUCCAAGUGGAAGAUCAGCGCUCUCAGACUAUCCUCUUGAAGGAUUUGAAGAUUUUGAAGAAAAUUCAAGAAACUACUCAUUUAAGAGUCAUGAAAAUAGAAACAAUAGCGAAGUAUCUGAUAUGAUUUCAACAAUAGAAACUGAUAUUGAAACUGAUGAAAGCGAAUUUUGCGAAAUUGAAGAAUCGCUUCAUGAGCUCUCAUCAAUUGUAUUAGCGGACACUAUUGAGAGUCAUUUCAUUGAUGUGGGAUCCUUGACAUUUGGUGGCAUCUUCGGAUUGGGUGAGAAGAGUCAACAUCGUGUGAUCAUGGCUCGUGAUGUGGUUCAAUGUCUGAUGAUUCCACGAUUCUUCUUAAUGGAUCAAGAACUAAAUCCAGGAAAUGUCUGGCAACGACGACUUUUCUAUCUCAAUUGCAUCAUUCCGACCAGAGAAAUGCUUUUCAAUGAUUUUCUGCAAAAUCUUGAGUGGAAAAAAUUCAAAACAAAAUACAUUAAAGAAAAUGUAAAGACACAGAAUGAAGUUGCUGCCAUUCAUGAUAUACCCAUUUUAUGUCGCAUUGAGGAAGGCAUUGUUUAAAAA